AUGCCGUACACAGAUAUAUACGAUUCCAGCCUCCCAGACUCGUCUCCGGCUUCAUCACCAUCCCCUUACGAUCCAGCAGACUCCUCGCCCCCAUCGUCGCCUAGCUUGACACCUAUUCGCACACCCCAAGUGUCGCCGGGCCCGAUACAUCCCUACGCGGCAUCUACGAAGGCAACAAAGGCAUUUCGUAUCUAUGAUCAGCGCAGUCGUCCCCUUGGUUGGAGUGCUAGUCGGGGAGACAUGGAGGACGAUGAGGCACACGACCAGUUUUAUGCGACUGAUUUUGGGAGUCCGAGGUCAAAGAAGCGUCCGUAUACGCGACCCAAAAGCUUCCGGGAAUCGUCUUCCGGUGGUUUAAUGGGUUAUUCGUAUGCACGCACGUCCUCUCAGGCUGCAGACCCUCUGGCUGGGUCUGCGAAAGGGAGACCUCCGCGGAGGAAGAGAGAUUUUGCUCGUGUUCGGUCCGACGAGAGCACAUGUUCGAGCUCUAGCAUUCUCUCGUGCGCGAGCACGUCUGGAGCAUCCACUUCCACAGCGCAGUCGGAGGAUGUGCCCACGGAUUGUGAGGAAUCCAGCGAUUUAUUCUCUACGGACAACGAUACUCCCCGAGGGUCGUUUUCUUCCUCUGAUCAAGGCUGUGAGCGGGCUAUUUGGGAUAAGGCGAUCACAGAGGCAGUAGAUUCUGCUCAUGGAGUCAUUUAUUUGGCGAAUGGCCUUAUGCAGCAGCCUCUGACCCAAAUUCCGCCCUCCAUCGCGGAUCUUGCAGGUCUCGUAGUCCUAUCUCCUGACAAGCCUACACCUCAUCAAGGUCGGCCGUUCAUGCGAGCGGCCACUCUCCCAACAUUAUCUGCCCACAACUGGAGCUUCUUGUCCACUGAGUUGCUGGAAGGACCGUCCUCCCAUCGACAGUUGGUGGGAAAGUCAGCUUCGUUUGUGGGCAUGCAGCCUGCCGUUGCCUCGAGCCACGGCCAGAUCAAGCUGUUUCUCAACGGCCAUGCAUUUCGGACACUACCGGCUGAACUCUUCCAGCUUUCAGGCUUGACAGUGCUGACUUUGCGAAAUAAUGCUAUAACUGAGCUGCCUCCACAGAUCGCGACUCUCACCAAUCUUCGCGAGCUAAAUGUUGCCUUUAACAAACUUCAGUGGCUACCUGCAGAGAUGCUGGACAUGCAUCUUGAGACACUGAGCGUUACAGGAAACCCAUGGCUCGUGCCUCCAAUGAACCUAGACGAAGAUAAGCCGGAUGAUAAACAUACAAGUCCAAGGGAAAAUUCACGCAUAUCGCCCACCAUAGUCCACUUCCUGACACCUCUUCUCGCCGAAUACUGUUUAAGGCUGCUCUUCUCUCCUGCUCAGUCUCAAAGCCCAGUUGCGAUGGACGGUGGCAAAAGAGCAGAGACAGUCCUCGAAGCGUACUAUGCCCUCCCUUUGCCCUGCGCACAAGGCUAUCCAAUCAGGGUGAUGGACGCGCUGCGCGCAUGCCUCCCCGCAGCCGUUGCCAAGCCGUCAGGUGAUACCCCGUCCCCGUCGAAGAAGCCAAAGAACAGAGACACAGACGACGUGCAUACGCGCAGGUACCCACCGCUACCACGGCCGCAGCCUGUCGAGCAGGAAAGAACGACGGAGGCUGAUAGGACACUGCCGGGGAUCAGUGUGUGCGCGUCUCCUGUACAUCAGACGAGCGACGGGCAGUGGGUGGACGGGCACACGCCAGUGUUUGUGCAUCAUGCGGAGGAGCGCUUUACGUGGGAGCGCAUCGUGGCAGGCCAGGACGUGGGUGCCGCAGGUGGCAUCAUGGGCGUGCCUGCGAGAUGGAGGGGAUGUUCGCGGGGCUGUCUGGAUUUCCUCGAUGAGGAGGAUAAGCCGAAGGAUGAGGCGGAUGACGAGGACACGGAUGUGGAUAUGGAUGGGGAUGUGGAUGUGGGAUCGGAUGGAGAGCUGGGAGUUCAAGUCGUCGAUUUGUCUUCGGGUGGGUUGAUGGACUUGGACGAUUUUGACGAGUGA